UUUUGAUCUUCAUAUAAAUGUUUUGUUUUUUAAUCUAGAAACUGGUCUUGAUGAUGUAGUUUUGACUGCAGCCGAGAAAAAUGAUGUAUCGAAACUGAAGGAACUGUUAGAAAAAAAUCCAUCUUUGGUGAAUGUCACUGACUCUGAUUCUUACACUCCUCUACAUCGAGCAUGCUACAUGAAUAACAUCGAAGCCAUAAAUGUUUUGCUUUCUUACAAAGCUGAUGUACGAGCUAAAACAUCUGACCACUGGGAGCCUCUCCACUGUGCUAGUAAAUGGGACAAUGUAGAAGCAUCGGCUCUAAUGCUUCAGAAUGGAGGUUGUGUAAAUGCCACAUCUCAAGGAGGACUAACGGCUUUACAUCUGGCAGCUGCGCACGGAAAGAGUGCUCGUACUUUAGAACUUUUGCUGUGGCAGCCAGAAACCGACUGCACACUCAAAAUGCAGUCAGGAGACACGGCUUAUGAUGUCGCAUUAAGAAGUGGCACACAUGCACAGUUGUUUCGUCUGGUUGAUGACAGCCUGAAUGUUUGUUAAUUCAUUGUAAAAUAAUUAUGAAGCUUAAAUAAUCUCUUCAUUACUCAUGAAUAUAUAAUUUACCUGGUUAUAUAUGCAUGUGUGUGUGUGUGUGUGUGUUUUAGGAUGUAUAAAACCCUUUCUCAUUAGGAACAUUCAGAUGAAGUAUCACUAUAAAAUGUAUGUAUCAUUUUUAGUGUCUUAGCAUUCUUAAUCCUUUAGUACAAAUGUAGAAACGAAACAUAUAGAGAUAAAUAUGGGUACAUUUGUACUCAACUUUCAUUUUUA